AUGAGUGGAACCCGCCCUAGACCCAAGCAUUGGACAGCUGGGACUUCAGGCCCCGUGCCGUACGUCCAUCAGCCCCUGCCAUUGGCGUUCGUCAAUGGGUCGGUGGUGGGUGAGGCCGGCCCCAUCCUGCAGGGCCUCCCGUCCACCGCACGCGGGUCCGAGCUGGAGGGGGGCGUGCUCCUCUCCCUGGCCAGCCCUGACGGACCAGUGUCAAGCACAUCCUUCCGUCUGGGAAAGCUCCCCGCCCCCUCCCGCUUCCUCGCCCUGGGCCUCACCAGCGUGUGGUGGAUGACGCCCGCAUGGGGCUCCUGUGCCUCCUGGGUCCCCCUGGAAACCCAGUUCCUGCUCCUGGAACUCCCAGAGGGUGCCGGCUGUGCGGUCCUGCUCCCCCUCCUCAGCAACCACGGCACCUUCCGAGCGUCCCUGGCCGGCUCGGGCCCGGGGUCAGAGGACCCUGCCCUCCACCUCCACGUCGACAGUGGCGACGCCGGGGUCAUGACGCAGACUUGGACGGACGUUUUUUACAUCGCGGCUGGAAAGGAGGUGUACCCCCUGGUGGAUGCAGCGGUGGCGACGGCCGGGCGACUGAGCGGCGGGGCACGGCCGCGGACAUCCAAAGCCGUCCCUGACUUCGUGGACACCUUUGGAUGGUGCACCUGGGACGCCUUCUACUACGACGUAACACCGGCAGGCAUUCUGGAUGGCGUCCAGGCGCUGCAAGUGGGCGGCAUCAACCCUGGAUUCGUGAUCAUUGACGAUGGCAUCCAAGAGCACCAUCCCGGCCUGGACCCCAGCGAGCUCAGCGUGGCCGAGUUCCUUGAUGCCCCAGAGCACAGGGCCACCAACCACGGACAGCGGCUGCUGACUGUGAAGGCCAACUCGAAGUUCCGGGGCCUGGGCAAGCCACGCUCCCUGGCCCUGAACGAGGCCGGGGGCAAGUUGGGCCCCGUCGUCGACAAGAUCAAGGACAUGGGGGUGCGCCACGUCAUCGCCUGGCACGCGCUGUGUGGCUUCUGGGGCGGCCUCUCUGACGAGCUGGGCGAGCAGUAUGAGGCGGAGCUCAUCAUGCCCGACCCCCCCGCGAAUCUUCUGGCGCUGAACCCGGAGACCGCCUGGAUCCCGCCCUCGGUGGCCGGGGUCCGCAUCCCGCGCGACCCCACCGCCUUGCACACAGACAUGCACGCCUACCUGGCUGGCUGCGGCGUGGAUGGCGUCAAGGUGGACGUCCAGAGCACGCUGGGCCUGCUGGGCGGCGCCACGCUGGCCGGAGCCUACAACGACUCUCUGGAGGCCUCCGUGGCCCGCCACUUCCCCGGCAACCAGCUCAUCAACUGCAUGUGCCACUCCACGGUCAAUCUGUACAGGUUCAGCCAAAGCAACCUCGCCCGGGCGAGCGACGACUUCUGGCCCCUCAUCCCCGCCUCCCACACAGCACACAUCGCAAACUGCGCCUACAACUCCGCGUUCAUGGGCGCCCUGGUCGUCCCCGACUUUGACAUGUUCCACUCGCGACACCCUGCCGCCCUCAUGCACGCCACCGCACGCGUGGUCUCAGGCGGGCCGGUGUACGUCUCCGACCGCCCCGGCGCCCACGACUUUGACCUCCUGCGGCGCAUCGUCCUGCGGGACGGCAGCACGCUGCGCACGCUGAGCCCCGGCCGGCCCACCCCCGACUCGCUCUUCGCAGACGUGUGCCGGGACGGCAAGUCGCUGCUCAAGGUGCAAAGCUGGAAUGCGACGGGCGCGGUGGUGGCCGCCUUCAACCUGCAGGGCGCGGCGUACGACCGCAGCCGCCGCGCUUUCCACGUGCACGACGCCAGCCCGCCCAGGCUGACGGCUGGGGUCGGGGUGCAUGACGUGCCAGGUCUUGCGGCCCGCUGCUCAGGCCUGCCGGUGAUUGCCUACUGCGAUGCCGACGAGGAGCUGACUGUCCUCCGGGACAGCGACGCCGAGGAGGUCAGAGUGAGCCUCACCGCCGGCGGCUCCUGCCUCGUGACCCUGGCCCCGGUCCUGGCCGCGGGGGGAGUCAGCCUCGCCCCAGUGGGCCUGGUCAAUAUGCUGAACGUCGGGGGCGCCGUCCUGGGCUGGACCUGGGGCGCGGCGGCACCUGCUGCCGCCCCCUCGGCGGAGAUCAGGGUUCGUGGCAGCGGCACCCUCCUCUGCUGGGCCUCGCGGGAGCCGGCUCGGCUGUCACUGCCAGCUUCAGCCUCCCAGAAUCUGACCUGGCAGUUUGACGACCAGCACGGGGCCUUGCGCAUCACCAUCCCUGAUAUGCCCGACAUCGAGCAAGACAUCUGCAUCGCCUUUUAG